AUGGAAAUCGCCUCCUCCCGCCACCGCCGGAAAGACAAAGUCCUUGUCAUCAUGGGCGCCACCGGCUCCGGAAAAUCCCGCCUUUCAGUAGAACUUGCCAACCUCUUCCCCUGCUUCGAAAUAAUCAACUCCGAUAAAAUCCAAGUCUACAAAGGACUCGACAUCACCACCAACAAGAUCCCAUUUCAUCAACGCAACAACAUCCCACAUCAUCUCAUCGGCGAUAUCGAUCCCUCCCACGGAGAGUUCUCCCCUUCAGAUUUCCGCCGCCACGCCGGAGAUAUAAUCUCCGAUAUAAUUUCCCGGAGGAAGCUCCCCAUUAUCGUCGGAGGGUCCAACUCAUUCAUUCACGCUCUCCUUGUAGAACGAUUCAACCCUGAGUCAAACAUCUUCGAUGAAGACUCUUCAUCUUCUUCAUCAUCAUCAAAAACAAUAUCCUCGGAUUUAAGGUACAAAUGUUGUUUUCUCUGGAUGGAUAUAUCAUUUCCUGUAUUAUCCGAAUAUUUGCUGAAACGAGUCGACGACAUGUUUGACUCGGGAAUGGUGGACGAGUUGGCUGAGUUUUAUAAACCCGGUUCGGAUAACCCGGAUAACCGAACCGGUUUGAGAAAAGCAAUCGGAGUACCCGAGUUCGACCGGUUUUUUAUCCAAUAUCCACCAGGUGAACCACUCAUUGAAGACGAAGUUCAUAAUCCUAUGCGAGAAGGUGCAUACGAGGAAGCAGUGAAGGCGAUUAAAGAUAACACGUGUCAGCUAGCCAAGAGACAGAUAGGGAAGAUCCUACGGUUAAAACGGGCUGGGUGGGACCUACGGAGACUCGAUGCCACGGAGGCGUUUAGGGCGGUGCUGACAUCAGAUUCUCACGGCGGUGACGGCGGAGAGGGAUAUUCCGGUAUAUGGAAAAAACAAGUGUUGGAACCAAGCGUGAAGAUUGUGAAGCGAUUCUUGAUGGAGUAG